CAGUUUAUCAUAGUACUUAAUACAGUGAACUUCCGGCGCUGUACUUCCUGUACUUAAAAUAAUUAGUUGAGUACAAAUUGAUCCGAGAUUAUAUAACCAUGAGACGACGGACAGUAGUGAACUCCUUUUCCACCACAGACAUGGUUAAUCGUCGACGAUUGGACUCCGUUGGGAGCAGCAUGAGUGGCAGCCUCAGCUCUAGCAUGAUUUCCUCGACCACGAGCUCUCAGACCUCGACGAGGUCUCUCAACAACACUAUGACCUCCGUAAGCACAAACCUGGAUAUCCUGGAGGAGAACACCCUCGCUAUGGGGGUCUGUGUUCAAGUUGAUAUCCCUGAUGGAAGAUUAUCCCCGGAUGGAGGGUUAAAGCAGUCUCGUACAGUGCUCCGUAUAGAACCUCUUGAUGGUGAACCAUCUCUGUUUAAUGUUAAGCUAUCUACCUCACACUACGCCUUCUCCCAGAAGAGAAGCACUACCACAAGGACCAUCUCCAGCUUCUAUACACUAGCAAGCAUUCUCAAGUCUCAACAUCCGUAUGUGAGUAUACCCAGUCUACCUGUGCGCCCAUUGUUCUACCUGUACAACCCGCUGGGCCGAGCAGAGCAGCUGACCUCCUGGUUAUCCCAGGUCCUGGUUGAUAGGCAACUCCUCUCUAACAGGGCGCUUCACCUCUUCCUGCAGACGGUUCUAUCUAUUGAGAGGAUUGUUGAGAAUGCAUAUGGAAGACACGAUGACCAGGUUGAUCCUUGUAUUCUAGUUGACACGAGAAAGAAUCGAAAAGAAGGUUUUCACGGAAUCUUCGGAAACUCAUUUGUUGAAGACGAUGAAGCUCUUCUGGAAGAACACAGUUGAAGAUCAGGUUGCAGGAACUAUAUCCUGCUGCAGAUACAACCAAACCAAACCAUGCACCCGGAGAUUGAUUUAGCUCACUGAUUUUGAUUUUAUCAGAACUAAGGAGGAGAGAGAUGGAGUAGGAUGAGGAGGAGGAGAAAAACAGCCCUGAUUCAUGGAUAUCAACUGAAGGAGACAGUUUUCCGUGUUUAUUCUCAGCACAUUGCAGGAUUGCUCCGGCCGUUAAAAAUUUAACUCUUGGCUAAUAUAUAUUUACGUCCACUUGCAGAUUUUAGCUUGCAAGAAGUGACGUAAUAACUCUGAGGUAGACUGCUGAGCUAGCUGUGCUGAUCAGACGGAUCUGUGCUAUUAAAGGUUUAGUUCGUAGAUCAUGAAUUCACGUUCUGCAGCAGAUAGUUAAA